UUGCUUUUUCGCAUCACUGAAGAGACUGUUGGACCAGGCAAGACAUGCAUCGCUUGGCGACCAAACGGCAACACUCUUGCCUUGGCCAGCGACAACAAAAGUGUGGUUUUAUAUGAUAAAAAAGGAGCAAUAAUCGAUGUGUUGGAUGUCAAUGGAAAUGUUGUUGACAUGGCAUGGGAUAAAGAAGGAGACGUUCUGGGUAUUAUUGUGGACUCGUCAGCCUUAGCUAUUCUAUGGAACAUAAACACACGCAAUGCUGAACAAUUGGAUACGGCAACGGGAGCUAAAGAACUUCCAUUAUGCCUUGCCUGGUCUGCUGUGUCACCUUUAUUGGCUAUCGGUAACAGCAAUGGUAAUCUGUUUAUUUACAAUCAACAAAUGUCCAGAAAAAUACCCGUACUUGGUAAACAUCAACGAAAAAUUACCGGUGUUGCAAUGACAAAACAGGAUGAAAUCCUAUGUUGCAGUGAUGACAAUACGAUCACAGUAUCAUCAGCUGAUGGUGAAACUAUACGAACCAUGACAGUAUCGGGUGAGCCUAACGAUCUCCAAGUUGGUGAAGUUAAACGGCCCGGAGGAAAUGUGGACGUAAUAUUAAGCGCUGUGCUAGGCAAGAAGACACUCUAUCUCGCAACAUUGUCGGAAAAGCCUACGGAAAAACUGACCACUGACACCGAAAACGAGAACUCGAUGAAUCUUCAAUUUCAAGAAAAAUACGGUACAAUCGUCGCCCAUGUCUGGUUCAAUGACGGCUAUAUGAUUGUUGGUUUCGAGAAGGGUUUUGUCGUUUGCAUUUCAGCUCAUCCUUCUGAAAUGGGGCAGGAAAUCUUCAGUGUAGCCGAGUACAAGACAUACUUGGCAGCGGUGGCAGUUAGUCCGUCGUUUGGGAAGAUACUGACCGUUGGUGACAACCAAAUCAAAGUCCGUGAGAUGAGAGAGCUCAACGACAUUUUUGUGAUCAUGGAGGUGGACACCGAAAAGGCCCUGGAGCAAUGCAGGAGUCCCAUUGCACGGGUACAGGAACAGGGACGCAGAGACUACACAUGGACCGUGACACGGAAAAAGGAAAUCGCUCUGCUGGAUAUACUGCCACGUCAUGGCUGCGUAUCGAAACGACCGGCGGGAGUCGACGCGCAGCCGAAGUGUUUAGAUCUAUCCCAAGUGGAAUGCUCACUCGAUGGUCAAUUGGUGGCAGUAGCAUCUCGAGGUGGUGGUGUGAGUGUGUACCUAACGAAAAUGCCGUCAAUGGGCGCAGCUUACGGGAAUACAAUGGCCGUGCUAUCGUCUCUGAACCAGAUCACCUAUCUGACCGAAGGCGAUAAGCAAAAAGGUGUCACCAUCAAUAUCGCCAUCGAACCAUCGCAUAUUGCUGUGGGUCCAUACCACAUCGCGGUUGCGACGAACAAUCGUGUCUGGGUUUAUAACGUCACAGCAGGGAAUUCUCAAUCCGUUGCUGAGGGAGAAUACCUGUCAUCCGUUAUCGAUAUGCAACUCAAUGACGAGUUCAUAUGUGUAAUGAUGGAAGGCAAAGCCAGACUUCAUCGGAUUCUCAACUCCGACUCAGGACCCGCAAUGACGUUUCCAGAGCAAGCAAGAAAUUCUCGUCUGGUUGCUGCAGCUCUUUCCAACCACUUUUUUGUCUUCACUACGGAGGCCAACUAUUUGGUUUUCUUCUCGUUGGAAGAAUGGUGUGUUGUGAGCGAAUACCGUCACACGACGCUUAUUCGGCAAGUAUGUCCCGAUCAGGAAGGACUACGAGUUGCCAUAUUCGAUGAAAGGGCUCAAAACUGGGUGUACAGUCCUGUGGACGACUCCAUGCAUAAACUUCCCGCUGUCGGUUCAGCUAUACAUUACAAAGCCGCUCUAUGGGAGACCUUCACCAUCGAUAGGGACACAUUUAUCGUCUACGAUAAUGCCAACAUCUACGUCUACCUUUUGAAUCGCAGCCCAAUAGAAGAUGAGUCUGUGAUUUACAUUGGCAGUACAAAACUUCCAUUUGCUCAUUCGCCCCUUAUGCUCAGCAAGGGCAUCGUACACUGCCUAACAUCGUCAGGUAAAACCAGUGGUGUUUUACUGGACAGUCAUAGGACUGACACAGUGUUGGAAGGGAAAUCCCCGCUAGUGGUAAGGCUUUGUUUACCGAUAUUUCUUGAAAUGGGUCGGAAGGAAUCGUUAAAACUCAAACUAUUUGAUAAAAUAUGUAAUAUAAAUCACCCCUUCCUCAGCGCUUUCACCCGAUUCCGUAUCCCCCACAUGUGGUCAACUAGAGUGUGCGGAAACUACCCUACCAUUCACUUGAUGCGGGUACGCAGUCUCCUGAAACAGGCCCUGCAACUGAAAAGGUCAGUGAUUUAA